UCGGACUUCCGUAUUUGCUUUCCGGUUACGUCACCCCUGCGUCACCGGGUGAGAGGUUAUGUUUCCCGGUUUGAAUAUGCUAACAACAUCAACAGGUUUCAUUCAAUGACUAAAAAUGACCAAAAAGCCGAUUUGUAUUUUUUUAAAUGUUUGAAUGUUUUUGAGAGUGUGUUAGUGCUGCGCGCGCAGCAGCUUCAGCGUAACCAGUCCAGGAUCACUGAGGACAGGUCGAGCUGUAAGCAUGCAGUCGGGGCUGCUGAUUGGCUGGCAGCAGGAGAAGGCGGAGCUUAAAGGGGAGGUGUGUCGUCUGCAGGAGGAGCUGGCCGAGAGUCGGGCAGAGAGAGAGGAGCUGGAGUCCAGGACCAGAGCUCUGAAUGACCGGCUGUGCCAGUCAUUGUCUCCCUCGCUCGCCCUGUCUCUGCGGGUGGAGGGGCAGCAGAGGGAGUGGAAGAGAAAGGUGAGGGAGGGGCGAGAGAGGGAGGCCAGGCAGGCUCUGCUCAUCCACCGGCUGCAGAGCAAGUUGUGUGAGUACAGAGAGCGAUGUCAACAUCUGGAUGUCCAGCUGCAGGACGGACACACACAGCUGCUCACCACCGAGUUGAGGAUCAGAGACGAACACAGUGACUCUCUGGAGAGCGCCCUCAUCAGGCUGGAGGAGGAACAACAGAGGUCGGUCGGUCUGGCUGACACAAACGCUCUCCUCCGAGAGCAGCUCAGCCAAUCAGAGCAGGCCAACCAGGCCCUGAGGGAGGACCUCCAGAAGCUGACAUCUGAUUGGACCAGAGCGGUGGAGGAGGCGGGGCAGAGAGAGGAUGAUUGGCAGAGAGAGAGACAGGUGUGCAGUUUGUUUUCACUCUUCUGGGACUAUUGAGACUUUUAAGGUAGAUGUCCUCAUCUCUGUGGGUGUUU